AUGAUGAAUGAAAAGUAUGAGAACUUGCAAAGAUACAAUUUGCAAUUAGAAAAGAAGGAUAUAGUUCGGAAAGGCAAAAAAAAAAAAAAUGAUUUAAGGAAUAUUUUGUAUUUCCCUUCUUUAUUUUGGUUUAAUGGACAAUCUUCUCCAUUCAUACCGUACUUCACAUACAAUGAAGAAGAAUUAGGAAUGAGAGCAAAGAAAUGUGCAAAGUAUGAAAGAAAAAAAAAUGUAUUUAACUUUAAAAUAAUCGAUUUUUUGACAUGUUCUGUUCACAAAAAUAGUAUUAUUAUAAAGAAAAUUAUAAAAAAUGAGGUAUUAAAUGUAAGCAUGUUUAGUGAUAUGAAGGUUUUAUCAUGCUUAUUUUAUAUCAGCAUUGAUUAUGUACUGAGACCAGUUUUUUUUUUGUCAUCCAUCACAAGAAAGCCAUUUUUUUUUUGUUUAUCUUUGUCUAACUUGGGUGAACAAGUAGACGAAAUGGAGGAAAAAGCCGAUAAAAAAAUGGAACAUGAGAAAGUGACAGAAUGUGAAGUAGACAAUACAACUCUCGUGCAAAUACCACAUGAACUUAUCCUCUAUAAUGAUAAGAAAGAAAUACUUUUAUUCGAUUUUGAAAAAAACAAAUCUCAUGUAAUUACACGAGAGAAAACACAAAUAACAUCACUUAACUUUACCUUUAUUUACAUAAAUGAAAACAAUAGUCUUUACAAUAAAUUAUCAGAAGAUCAAUUGGAAGGGAAUAUAAAGAUUGUGGAUCUAGACAAAAUAGAAGAAAAAAUAGUUCUCAAGAAUAAGUACUGUUUUGAGAUAUUCCAAGAAUUACUCAAUGAUUGCGCCUUGUGUUAUGGUAAAGGUGUUGAAUUUGAAAUGGACAUAUCGAAAGAGAAGAAAUGGAUGUACAAAAUUUUGCAAAAUAUGUUUUAUGUUUUAAUAUAUGGUGAUAAUGAUGGGAAUAUUUAUUUCCUAAUUCCAGAAAAACAAAUAAAAAUAAAAAAAAAAUUACGAAAAAAUGAAAAAAUUCAUCUAAUCGAAACAAAUGUCAAAGCUUAUUUUGAUGUGAAAAAUUACUACCACAUAGCUAAUGCAAUUCGAAACAAUUUCUAUAUUUUUUUAGCAUGUGGUGAUUCCAUUCAAGUAUUCAAUAUAUACAAUUAUCAAGUCCAUUUUGUUAUAGAUAUUUCCAAUGAAGAUAUUUUAUUUUCUCUCAGUGUAGGUCAUGAUCAGUUGAACCAUAUGUAUUUGGCCUUUUCCACGCAGAAGUAUGUUAAAAUUGUGGAUAUUACUGAAUCGGCUGAAUUGCACUGUUUGAGGGUUGAUCGAAGUGACAUGGAAGAUUCUAGCGUACAACCGAAUCCAUGUAGAGGUGGUGGUGAAACGGAAAAACCACAAAAGAACUACACGUGUGUUUGUUUUGGAAAGGAGAAUACCAUUUACAUAUCUAAUGGAGACAAAAAAGGAUUUUUAAACGUUUACAAUUUAAAGGAAAAAAAAGUGAUAAACAAAUAUGACACACAAUGUAAACGAAUUUUCUCAUUAUCUGUAUGUAUAGUAAAUGGAGAAGAGUAUGCAUACAUUUACGAUGCGGAGAAAAAUUUUUGUCUCUAUCAAAUAAGUAAAAAAAGGAUGGUGUAUAAAAUAUUUACCAUCUCUGUAUGGAUUCAUCAAAUUCUAUGUUUUCAAAAUAAUAUCAUUUUUUCAUUAGGAAAUGAAAAUGUAUACAAUUUAGUUAUUAAAAACAAUGGAGAAAAAUUAUUAACAAAACCAUACUACUCGGAUCACUUAAAUGUGUGCACUUAUUUAAUUAACCAUCCAUAUUUCCCCCUUGUAGCUUUUGUAAACAAAAAAUUCCAAUUUGGAUUUUUCUCUCUCUCCCAUGGGCAAAGGAAGACUAUCGUCAUACCAUCUAUAAGAGAAAAUCGAAACGUUUUUUCGUUAUGCUGGUUUUGUACUGGCAAAAAAUUUCUUCCAUACGAUUGGGAUUACACUAAUGAUGAGACGGAAGGUGAGAAUGAUCAUCACACAACUGGAGAUCUGCUUACUCAGUUCGCGGAUGGGGUGGGGGACUAUACCUCUCUAAGUACUGACAACUGUCACUACACAUUUCCACUAGCACAAGAGAACGUGCUAAAAAAGGAAAAACAUUUUGGAAAAAACAACACGAUAACAAUGGCUAAUGGGGAGAGAGCAACUGUUUCCGCUACCAUCAGAAGUAUUUCCACCUGGAGUACUAACACAGUAAAGCAUUUACAUCGAAUUAAUAUUUCUGAUACAUACCUGGUAGUUCUUAAUGAGGACACAGUAUACCUAUACAACAUUGUAACUAGACAAGUGAGUAACCUACAUAAUUAUUUAUUAAGCACAAUGUCUCAAUUUAAUGGAAGAAAAAAAUUCCUUGCAUCAACCAUCUGGCAUAAUAAGUGCUACGUUUUCAUUUUUGCAGAAAACAACACGCUUUUUAUAUUUGAUGAGAAUUUUAUGUUUUCUGUUUGUAUAGCAAAUGUAGGUGGUGAUCGAAUUGUCCGCUUUUAUGUGCAUGAUGGAUUCCUCUUAGUUCACUCAAACACGUCUCUUUAUUUUGCAUCUAUGAACAGCGCAGUUUCUGUUUUUUCCCAGUUUUCUGUGAAUCCCACCAUAGAUCAUACUCAGAAUGAGGCUAGUAAAAAAGUAAAUAAUGAAUCUCGCAAUGAAUGUCAGAAUCACACGGUAGAUAAAAAACUUCUAAAGGAAAGUAUUCACUUUACAAAAGUGAGCAUGCGCGAAACGUUCAAAAUAACACUUUUUGAUUUUCACUACAUGGAAAAUGAAUUGUAUUUUGCUAUUUUCACAAAGAAGAAAGAAAUAUUAGUAUAUAAGGUAUUCAUACUUCCAGAGGAAUGUAAAGGGGAGAAAGUACCAGCUGAUGGAUAUGGAUGCACUAAGGAAGCUCAUCUGGUAGCCCAGUUUUUGAACUUUUACCAAUUUGAAAAUAUAAACAAAGUAGGAAGUAUUUUGUGCAUGAAAUUUUUUUACAAUUGUGCGAAACAGAAAAUGUAUUUAAUUUUUGGAGGACUUGAGCAGUUUCUUUUUUUCUGGGAUUUUACUAAGUAUCCCCUUGUGAAGAGGACAAAGUGUGCAGCGACACAGUGUGCGGGACGGAGAAUGGGGAAUGGUGGGGAGGGAACAGUACGAGAAAAUGAAAAAAAGAAGAAGCACAUAGAUGGUUAUUUGUUAGCUCAGGGGGGUAGAAGUAGGGCAGAUGCGAUAGGGACAAAUACGAUAGGGACAAAUACGAUAGGGACAAAUACGAUAGGGACAAAUACGAUAGGGACAAAUACGAUAGGGACAAAUACGAUAGGAUGA